AAAUGUGUACCAAUUUUCUUUUGUUAUUGAUGAUUUGUCACUUUAUUUUUUUCAAUUUUUUCCAUCUAUUGACUAAAUGAUUAUUGAUCCCCAAAAAAAGUUUAACUCUUGUCUAUCAGAGAUGAAGUUAAGGCGGUUCGAGCAUCAAACGAAUUUAAAGAUUAAUUAAUUAAGUACUAGUAUCAAAAAUAGUAUAUUUUUUGUUUUUAUAAAUAAGAUAUGAUGAUAAAUUAAAACAUAAUUAUGAAUAGAUCAAUUGCAUGCAGUAAAAAAAAUUCGCAAAUAUUUUAAUUCGUAAAAUUUUAUCACCAAGUAUUUAUCAUCUUUAGUUGAUAAUUCUAUGUUUAUUUAUAAACAAAGCUCUGAUCAUAUUUACAAUUCAAUACGUCAUAAUUCAAAGUUCGAAAUCAAUAAUUACGUUAAAGCUAGUAUUAAUUUAGUAUGUAAAGUAAGACAAAGAACUAGAAACAUGAAAAACAUUAUGUUUAGUGAAAUUAAUUCAAACAAUUCAAUGUGAUCAAGUUUCUUGUACUAUUUACUACUAAUACUAACGAAAUAUAAAAAUUUGAUAUUUUAUUAAGGAAAAGUUAAAUAAACGAUUGAAAAUCUAGAUUUAACCUAUAAUAAAUUUAUUUAUAUUUUAUUUCAUCGAAUUUGGCAGAAAUUAUUAUAAAUAUUUCGAUAUAGAUGCUUUAAAUUGAUUUUUGUUCUUAUAUUUAUAUAUAAACAUAUAAUGAACUCAUUGUUUUUUAUUUUGUUGUCCAUCUUUCAUUUAUCAUAUCAGAAAUCAAGUCUAGAGUCUCAAUAUUACACUGCUACGGUUGUUGAGUAUGGUGCUCUAGAUCCAACAAAUCCUCAAGAUUCACCAGUUGAAAAAAAUGGUGAAAUUUAUAGAUCGUACAUUGAAGAAGCUGGAAAACAUGAUGCUGAUAUAAUAGUAUUUCCAGAAGAUGGAUUGACAUCUGUUAAUUUACCAGACCGAGAUCAAAUGGACACCUGGGCUACAUUAGUUCCUCUUAAUUAUACUCCUUGUAAUCAAACAACAAUUCAAGUCCACAAAGUUCUAAGUUUAUUAUCUUGUGCAGCAGUAGAAGCUCAGAUUUAUGUAGUUGUUAAUAUUGCAGAAAAACUUCCAUGCAAUGUAGAAAAUUGUCCUAGAGACAAAGUACUUUAUUACAAUUGUCAAGUUGUAUUUGAUCGAGAUGGAAAAAUUAUUGCCAAAUAUAGGAAAACCAAUUUAUUCUCUGAACCACAGUUUAAUGUAACACCAGAACCUGAGAUUGUUACAUUUCAAACUGAUUUUGGAGUAACAUUUGGCACUUUUAUAUGUUUUGAUAUAUUAUUCAAGGAACCUGGAAUAACACUCACUAGAAAAUUAAAUAUUACGGACAUUGUCUAUUCUACUGCGUGGUUUUCAGAACUUCCCUUUUUGUCCGCUAUUCAAACCCAAUACGGAUGGUCUUAUGCUGAAGAUGUUAACUUUUUAGCUUCUGGAUACAAUCGAGUAGAAUUCGGCAAUGGUGGUAGUGGAAUUUAUUUAGGUCGUAACGGGAUUUGUAAAACAAAAGAGCUUUCAGCUGGUAAUGAGUUAAUAAUUUGCAACGUUCCUAAAAAAAAUCGUAACAUAGAUUUAAUAGCUAUUGAUGAAGCAGCAAUAAGAUUACAUGAAAACCGGAAGAAUGCUCAAGAAAUCGAACAUGUUCACGAUGAAUUGAGAAAGAGGGAAAUUUCAGAUAUACAAUUAUAUCAUGAUGAUUUAAGUCUAUUUAAAUCUAUACCCUUGAAUUCUUCAUUACAACACACCCUAUGUGAUGGUAAUUUCUGUUGUGAUUUUGAUGUGGACAUUUCUUAUACUGAUUCUAAUUCUAUCUAUAAGUUGGUGGCAUAUGAUGGAAUAAGAACAUUUAUAGCAGAACGUAGAACAGUUGGAAUUCAAACAUGUGCAGUGGUUCAGUGUGCUAAUGAUUCAAUAACAUCUUGUGGACUUCGUUCGAAUUCUCAGACAACUUUCAAUUAUAUUCAAAUCAAUGCUACAUUUAUUGACUAUGCAGACAUGAUCAUUUUACCGAGUUCCGUUGAUGUGGACCUUCUUCCAUUAGUCAACUGGACCUACAAAGAAUAUUUUGAUGAUAAUAAAGUACACAUAACAGCAUCUUUAGAUUCUAAUCCAGUAAAAGAUCUUCUUACUUGUGGGAUUUAUAUACGAAUAUUUUCUAGAGAUGUAGAAACAACUUCUAGAAUGAUUUCUACCCUGCAAAUUGCAACUAUUAUAGCACUAGUUGCUAUUUCAAUAUUCUUUUUAUUUUUGUAUCGCAAAGGUUGGAGGGUUCCCAUCCGACGUGGUAGUCAAGCUAAUCAAGAACCUUAUCACUCAUUACAAAGUACUGGCAGUAAAUAAUUUUUUUAUAUUUACAUUACUAAUUCUGGUCUUGAAGUAUUCUACCUCAACUACGGUACUAAAAUAUUAAGAUGUUUUCUUAACAGAAUUAAUAACAAAAAAAAAUAUAUUUUUUAUAUAUAAUUGUUUUUUAACACAGCAUACUACUUAACACUAUAAAAUAUAAGAAAGAGAAUAAGUUUUGAUUGAUUAAUUCAACCAUUUCAUGAUGCACAAUAAAUUCAAAAGAUUUACGCAGCGAUUGACAAUCACUAAAUGAAUAGUUUUCUUCAUUGAUAGCUGUUAUUUUUUGAAGUAGUUUUUAAUUUGUUUAUUUAAUAUUACUUAUUUUAUAUUAUGUAUAAAAUAAUGAGUUGAUAAGUAUCAAUGUAAUAAAAAAUUUAUAUGGCAUGUGAAGUCAUUAUGAUUUAUGUUAUUAGCUCGAAAUAGAUUGUAAGAUAAUAAAAAAUUGUAUAAUUAAUUGAAUGAAAAUAAUCUCGUUUAAUUGUGCGACAUUAAUUAAUACAAGCAUUAUAUCGAAAGAUUAUUCGACUUUCUUCAAGUGGAUCUUAAUAUGUGUAUACAGUCGAGUAACUGAGAGAUUAUGAAAAACAUAAUUUUUACAAAUAUCGAAAUUGUCGUUACUCAGAAUUCAUCUUGUGAAUGAAAUAAGGCAUCUAGCCUAAAAAAGGCUUACACAAUUAUUCUCAUAGAUACAAUUCUUUGAAUAAGUGCAUCGUAAAUGUAUUAAAAUUAUUUUAAAAAUAAAUAAGUCUUAUUAAGUCUAAA